GCGGGGGAGGCGGCGGUCUCCUCCAGGGCGCAGCCGGGGCUGGCGGCUGGCCAAGCCGGGGCGGGCGCUGGCGCUGGCGGCUCUCCCGCCCGCUUGCGUGCCGUCAUCCUCGCCUCCCCGCGCGGGCUCUAUGACCCCGCGGUUCCGAGCGCCGCUGAGCCGGAUUCCGAGGCUCAGUUACGGAAGCAGCCGCCGGAGGAGCCGGGCAGGAGGGCAGCCUCGUUGCGCGCAGCGGCCGGCCGAGGGAGCCGGAGGAAGGAGCCACGGCAGCCGCCGGGCGUGCGCCCCGACGGGCUCCGGCUAGCUGGGGGCGCCCUGCGGCUCCCCCGUGCGCCCCGGGAGGGAUCGCCGACCCGCCGGCCAGCAGGCCUCGGCCGGCGCGCCCUCGCUCCGUCGGGAGCGGCCAGCGCGCAGCAUGGAGAAGCGAGGCAAGAAGGUCGACUGCCCGGCGUUGCCCCCCGGCUGGAAGAAGGAGGAGGUGAUCCGCAAGUCCGGGCUCAGCGCCGGCAAGAGCGAUGUCUACUAUUUCAGUCCGAGUGGGAAGAAGUUCCGCAGCAAACCUCAGCUGGCCAGAUACUUGGGGAACACAGUCGACCUCAGCAGCUUUGACUUCAGGACGGGGAAGAUGAUGCCCAGUAAACUACAGAAGAAUAAACAGAGACUAAGAAACGAUUCGCUCAACCAAAAUAAGGGUAAACCGGAUUUAAACACAACACUUCCCAUUAGGCAAACGGCAUCUAUUUUCAAACAGCCUGUAACCAAAGUUACCAACCAUCCCAGUAACAAAGUGAAGUCGGAUCCACAGCGAGUGAUUGAGCAGCCAAGACAGCUAUUCUGGGAAAAGCGGCUGCAAGGCCUAAGCGCAUCAGAUGUGAGCGAACAGAUCAUAAAAUCCAUGGAGCUGCCGAAAGGCCUUCAAGGAGUCGGCCCAGGAAAUAACGACGACACGCUCUUGUCGGCCGUUGCCAGCGCCUUACACACCAGCUCCGCCCCCAUCACAGGACAGCUUUCUGCUGCUGUCGAAAAGAAUCCGGCCGUCUGGCUUAAUACGUCCCAACCGCUCUGCAAAGCUUUCAUAGUUACGGAUGAGGACAUUCGGAAACAAGAGGAGCGAGUGCACCAGGUGCGCAAAAAGCUCGAGGAAGCACUCAUGGCGGACAUCUUGUCACAAACAGGAGAUCCUGCUGAUUUGGAGGAGGUCGAGAUGGACCAUGAAGAAGCAUAAGAAACCAAGAAUCAGGUACUUAAACCGAAUUAUCCCCGGCGGAAAUUCUGGAAUCUGGUGCGUUUUUUUCCGUUGUUCCCUUGUUGGUUCCCCGUUGAAAAGAAGAGGACUCAUGUACAUUAUAUAGCUUUCUAAUAGCAUUAAAAACCAAGGCCUUUUUUUUGGCUCUUAUUUUUUUGAUGUAUAUAUCUUCUUCAAAAAAAAGAGAAAAGGAAAACCCCAACUUUAUUUUGUGUCUUACGACUUUAAACGUCUCUCUCUUUUGGAUAAUGUCAAACAAUUUCCUAAAAAAAAGAAAGAAAAGAAACAAAGUGGCGUUUUUUUGAUGCCAAAUUUCAGUUCUGCUGGAACUUUAUUGCUAGCACUAAAUAUUUUUUUUGAGGGAGUGGGGAGUGUUUGUUUCUUUUUGUGUAUGUGUGCGCGAGUGCGUGCUUGUAGUAACGGAUCAGGAUGGUUUCCCCGAUUUAAAAAAAAUACUCACAAUAAGUGUGGAGUGUGUGUAAAUAUAUAUAAAAAGAUUUUAUACUGCACUUGAAUGAAAGCAUCUGUACAUUGUCCCAUUGUCAUUCUGGAAAGAGAAAUAAAUAAUUAUAUUCGGAGCAAUUAACGUUUUUAAUCUGUGAUGCACUAGACUGAAUGCAAGUUGGUGCGUUGUACGUGCCCAGGUUCAUUUAAUAGUAACGUUGAUCAUGGACCCAAAUAAUUUAAAAUCUAGUGAGCAGUAUGGUCCCAGGAAACCUGGGUUUGAAAUGAUGCCUCCAAUCCAGCUGUAUUUUGUUGGAAUGAUGUCCUUUUGCGCUUGCACCACGGGCAUCCACUAAGUUCAGUGAGAAACUGGAUGCACAGUGGAUGGGCAUCUGCGGAGAGCUUGGCUCUCCCACGCUGGAUUUGGGCAACGGUCUCUUGACCUCCGUUCUCCAUUUAUAAAAUGGGUAUCAAUGACCUACCUCACAGGGUUGUUGUGAGGAUGAUCCUAAUAAAGAGUGUCCAGCACUUUGCAAAUGACAUCUUCUGUAUAAUUAAUCAAA